AUAUGGAUGCAUCAACUCACAUCAACAAAGCUCAAAUCAAUUAUAUCGCCUCCGUCCUUGUUUAUGAAUGUAACCCUGCUUCUUCGGCGGUCAAAGGUUGGGGGAGGGAGUUGGACGAGUGAAAAAGUUUCUAUAACUUUCAUAUUCAGUGGUUGCCUUGCUCGGACCUGGUAGCUGUCAGAAAAGCAUACGAAGAUGGCGUGGCGCUGCUACCGUGCCACGUCUAGGUUUACAGGGAAAAUACACGCAAAUUUGAGAGAGUCAUUCAUAUCUACUAUCUUAUUUGUGUGUUUACUUUUUCCUUUUACCACCGAAGCUGGCUUGUACACCGCUUCUGAUCAGGUAGUCGUUUUAACCCCGGAUAAUGUGGACAGCGUUUUGUUCAAUUCUACAGCCGCACUGGUUGUUGAGUUUUACGCCUCUUGGUGCGGGCAUUGUAUUGCUUUUUCUCCCGUAUGGAAAAGUCUCGCAAGCGAUAUUAAAGAGUGGAAACCGGCUGUGGAUUUAGCUGCCAUAGACUGUGCUAAUCAAGAUAAUGGGCCGAUUUGUUCCCGUUUUGGUGUCAGGGGGUACCCAACACUGAAGUUCUUCCACGCUUACUCCAAACUUGACUCCAAGGGAGAAGGUUUCAGAGGAUUUCCUCCUAAUGUGAGGGGUUUACGCCAUAAGAUCAUUGACAAGAUGGAGACCCAUGCGGUUCCCUGGCCCCCUGCCUGCCCUCCUCUGGAGACUGCUAGCAGAGCAGAGCUUGACAACUGCUUUGAGACAAACAGUGUGGGACACCUGGCCUUGCUCUUUGAGACCUCUAACUCAAAUGUGGGCAGAGAGUUGACUCUGGACCUACUGCAGUAUUGGAAAAUAGCUGUGCGGAGGGUCCUGAGCACUGAGGAUGGCCUGGUAGCUAAACUGAAUGUGACCGACUUCCCCUCCUGUUACCUGUACUAUCCUAGUGGGAUCUUCACCAGGCUCCAUGUACAACUUGAGGCCCGGACCUUCUACACCUACGCCCUCCAGAGGCUUCCUGGGGUAGUGCGGGCCGGAAAGUCACUGCCAGUGACCUCUGACCUUGCGAAAAACACAACAGAGGACCAAUUGAGACCAUUUAACAGGUCUCGUGUGUAUAUGGCAGACCUGGAGUCUACUCUGCACUACUCUCUGCGCGUGGAGCUGGCAGCUCACCCUGUCAUCAAAGGAGAGGCACUGAGCACACUACAACGCUACAUCUCAGUACUAGCGAAGUACUUCCCUGGUCGUCCUGUGGUGAACAACCUGCUGAAGUCUGUGCACACGUGGCUGAAGGGUGAGAAGGACACAGAGCUGUCCUACAGCUCUCUGAGGGACGCUCUGGACAACACUGCAGAGGUACCUAAUGCUGCGCUGCCUGAGGGGGUGAGGUGGGUGGGCUGCCAGGGCUCCAAGCCCCACUUCAGAAGGUACCCCUGUGGCAUGUGGACCCUUUUCCAUGUCCUUACUGUACAGGCCGAGGAAGCUGCUGGCAAAGACCCCCAGGAGGUGCUCCAGGCAAUGAGGUCAUACAUCCACAGUUUCUUUGGCUGUCAGACAUGUGCCACCCACUUUGAGAACAUGGCCCAGGAGAGCAUGUCCCAUGUGGGGACACUGUCCUCCGCUGUGCUGUGGCUCUGGUCCCACCAUAACCACGUAAACAAUAGACUGGCAGGUGCUCUGAGUGAGGAUCCCCACUUCCCUAAAAUCCAGUGGCCGUCCCCAGAGCUGUGUCCCAGUUGCCACGGGGUUAAGAAUGGAGAACACAUCUGGAACCAGGAAGAGCUGCUCACCUUCCUCCGCUCCCACUUCUCUUCUGAACACCUCCUCUCUGACUACCUGGAGGAGAAGGCGGCCCAGCUCCUCAGCAGGCAGAAGGAGAGGCUGGUCGCCAGGCAUCAGGAGAAGGAGCAGGAGGCCAGGCAGACCCAGGACACCUUGGUCAAACCACUGCCGGAGGUGGAGGAAGAAGUGGCUAAAGAAGAGCCAGCAGAAGAGAAGGAGGCAGAGAGGGCAGGAAAAAAGGUGCAGAUGUCUGAACCCCCACCCUGGGUAAAGCCCAAGGCAGAUGUGUCCCACCAGCCCCAGCGCAGGCCCAGCAUCGUGGGGCUGAAGUUCAGGCCCCCACAGGAGGAGAUUGUAGACCUGGACUCCUUCAUCAACCAGCACUACAAGGCCAAGGCCCAGGCCCUCCGCGCUGCAGCCAGAGUGUCCUCCCGUGUCAAACUCAGGACCCUGCAGAAGGAGCCGCAACCUGGAGCCAGCCUGGAACAGGGGCCAGUGCUGCGGCUUGGGAUGCAGCCCGUGGAGCCGGCGGACUUGUUAGGGCAGCACAACACGCUGCAGAAGAGGAUUCUGACGGGCAAGUACACUGGGUCAGAGGAGGAGGGGGCUCUGGAGAUGUACCCGCACCCUAACAAGAGGCGCUGGAUGUCCUUGCUGAGCGUGGGCUUCUCCAGACUGAACAUCAGCCUGUGUGUGCUCCUCUACUUCCUGUUCUCAAUGUGUCUGCUGGCCAUGUACCUCUUCUUCAAGAACUGCCGGCGGCAGCGACUGGCCAAGGUGGCUCUGCCAUGAGUCAACAUUACCUGGCAAUGCUACUGUAGAUUUACCCAUACUGUGACGCUGUGGUCAGUUCCGAAACCCUCCAACUGAAGGAUUCGUAAUGUUCCGCAUCAAUGGAUUGCUUCAUGGUGCUUGCAUUCAGGAUAAUAAUUUAUGACCCCAAAAUAUUUAGCCUUUUUUGACCACUUCUGAAGGAUGAAUUAAAACACCAGGGAAUUAAUGGGAUUUUAUGAUUUUUUGUGAAAACAACUAAAGGGGUUUAUUUGAUAUUUAUUGUAAUUCUUAGGCUGUAUAUAAUGACAAAUUAAGUUAUGUGAAAAAAUAAUCACUGUAUAGAGUUUUAUGGAUAAAAGCCCUAAUGUAAUAGAAACACUGCUCUUCUCUUAGAUCUGUCACUGCCAGCCUUUCCAAAGAGUUCUAUAAGCUGUGUACUCUAACAACUAUUUUAUAUUCUUAGAAAGAAAUCAACCUCCAUUAGAAAAUGUGAUUUUACAAAGAGAAAUGUGCCUUUAAUGUCAUUUUGGAAAAACAGUGGCUGAAAGUAUAUUAUCCAUAUUGAUUUUAGCAUAAAGCAAGUAGAUGUUUCCAAAUAAAUAAAGAUACUAUAUGAUAAAAUGUAUGUAUGUAUGUAUGUGUGUGUAGUCAGAUUAAUGUUGUUUAUUGUUCACACUAUAGAAUUUGUUCUUAUUCUAUGGUUCACACAUUCUGAUCCAAAGUGGUCUAUGUUGUGACUGGCCAUACCAUGCUAUUGUCUGAUUGGCUAGUGCAUCUUACAUGUCCCAAUUAGCUUUGCACAAUAGAGUUUAGACAUGAAUGAAGUGUUGUAGAGCAGCACUUGUUCACAGGUUACAAAAUAAGCAGGAUGGGGGUUUUGGCUGGUAUCCAUUACAUUAGGCUUACUGGUCUCACUCAACUUGAGAUACUGUGUUUUGCUUUGCUUAUCUCAAUCAAUCAAAUUAUUUUUGCUAAGAUUUUGCAUCGUUGUAAUUGUUCAAUAGUGGACUUUAAUAGUUCUCCUAGAGCAAGUUGCACUGUUAGAAUAUACACUAUAACUACCUUUCUGCUGUUUUAUAACUAGAUUAAUGUAAACCAAAUGUACAUACAGUAUACCAUCAAUAUCCAAAGUACCUGAGAUGCCAGAUUAUUCAUUUUUUUUCUGUCCCUCCACAGCUUUCCACUUUGUUUUGCAUGAGGUUUUAUGAGUAACAUUCAAAUGUUUUGUUUUGAGGAAGGGGGUAGGUUAAGGAGUGGUGGGGGUGUCUGUAGGUUGAAGGAAAAAGGCUGUUACCAUCUGGUCUGUUGCGCUAGCUAAAUCCUAACAAUUUCAUUGGGAUUAUAGCAAGUGAGUAAUCCAGUUUUCCUUUGGGCUGUGGGAGAUUACCGUGAGGAUUAGCUCCCACCCGAUAAUAAACUUUAUUAAAACGCAA